CUGAGAAACUCGUUCCGGACGUGGGACCCGCCCCGUAGCGGCUCCCGCUGGCCAAAUAGGGAAGCGAAGCAGCCGGGAAUUGCCGCGCUUCGUUUCUCCGAGCGCCGAUUCGUAUUAAAAUAGGGCCCACCCCGGAUCUCAGCCAUCUCCCUUGGGGGGGGGGUUGUUUCGGGGUGGAGAGUGGCAGGUCAUGGCAGCGGCUGGACGUGGGGUUGUUUGAAUUCCUCGGUCCCCUUCCCGCCCAUCCCCAGCCUCUCACCCGAUCCGGAUCAGGAUGAAUCCCAACGAAGGCGCGGCGCCGCAGGAAAAAUAUAAGCUGGUCGUGGUCGGGGGCGGCGGCGUGGGCAAGAGCGCUCUAACCAUUCAGUUCAUCCAGUCUUAUUUUGUAUCUGACUAUGACCCUACGAUUGAGGACUCGUACACGAAAAUCUGCAACAUUGAUGGCAUCCCGACACGGCUGGACAUUUUGGACACUGCUGGGCAGGAGGAGUUUGGGGCCAUGCGAGAGCAGUAUAUGCGUACUGGAGAAGGUUUUCUACUGGUCUAUGCCAUCAACGACCGUGGCAGUUUCAAUGAGAUCAACAAAUUCCACACACAGAUCCUUCGCGUGAAAGACCGUGAUGAGUUCCCCAUGAUCCUUGUGGGCAACAAGGCUGAUCUGGACCCUUAUCGUCAGGUGCCUAAGGAGGAAGCUCUCAGCUUUGCCCGGGAGAACCACAUCCCAUACAUGGAAGCUUCUGCCAAAAUCCGCCUCAAUGUGGAUGAAUCUUUCCAUGAAUUGGUCAGAGCUAUCAGGAGGUUUCACGAGGCAGAAUCUCCCCCAGCCCCAGCUGUUAACCCUAGAAAGAAAGAAAGGAAAGGUUGCCCUUGCUCCAUCCUGUAAACUGCUCUCUUGCACCCAGCGACAGAUCCCAGAAGGGGGAGAAGAGCUGUUCCGGUUCCCUACCAGGACAGAGUGCAGCAAGAUUUCUCCCCAGCUCUACCUCCCCCACUGCAACAAGAGCUGGCAACAUGUAUUCUCCAGUAUGUCUUAAUACUACAGUUUCUCUCCUGUCACAGAGGACCCUACACACUGGAACGGGGCAGGAAGCUGAUUUCAAAUCCUAUCUCCAGCUCGGCGCUGCCUUACAUGUGUUGAUGGGGGUUGCUGGGGAAGAAGAUUCAAGCCUCUUGCCUCCUACUCAGGCCGCCCCUUCUGUCCUAAAUGUUUGCAGGACAAUUGCAACAGGAGGUUGCCCACUUUGCGAAGAAGGCACAAGGCAGCACAACUCCUGGCAUAUAGGUUCAAGGGGGCAGGUUUGGAAGGGAGGGGGCAGGUUAUAGGAGAGCCUGAUGAUCUGUCAUGUUGGGGAAUUAGAAAGUCACAGCAGAGGAUCAUAAAACUUUCACUCUUGCUAGAGCCAGCAAGCUUCUGCGCAUACACAAGAUAGCCGUACACAUUCAAAGGCAUAUUGUAAGAAUGCAUUCUGCAGAACCGUUUUUGACUCCCUCUAAGCAACUGAAGAAGCCAUGGAUUUAAAUUUUGGCACCCGGUAACUGCUACCACCCUUUAUUUUUCUAGAAAUAGUUAUGCACUCUUCACAUACAGAACAGUAAUGUAGAGGAUGCAAGAAUACUAGGCAAGUUGUCUGGAAGACAAACCUCUUCUUCAUCUUGGGAAAUGAAAAGCGAGGAAAGAAUUAAUUCAAAACAAAUUUUCUCUGACACACAUCACCCGGCAAUACUUUGUUUAGGGUGGAGCUAAAAGUAGCUCCUCCUCCCAGCUCUAUUGGGUAGUGUUGAUUGGAUCCAAACUGCAACAUCUGUCAUUGUAGAUUUUUUUAAAAGCUGCUCUUCACAAAGGCUAGAAUGAUUUGACUUCACAUACAGCCAUCCUUUUUUGCUUUCCUUCGCUAAAACAUCUAGAAAUAGGAAGCUCUGAAAAGUAAAAUUUUUAGACUACAAUUCCCAGAAUGCACAAGACAGCAUGACCACUACCUAUGAUGAGAAAGGAAUACUGAUAUAGUCCCAAGAAGUAAUUUUUUUCAAGCUUUGAACAAACUGAGCAGCAACACUGAUUUGACAUUGAUUUAUUAGCAGCGCUAGUAUUGAUCACUUAACGAGAUCUUCCAGUAAUGUCUGCGGUCAUGUUUAAUUAUCACUGUCAUUAUUGCAUGUUUGUACAGAGUGAUUUUUUAUUAAGAGUCUUUCAGAUUAUCCACCCAGUAUUUAUGGUUCGAAUCCUCUACCUGCUACCUCUAGAAUAAAUGGAGAUUAUUAACCAGACAUGUUUUUUUUAUCAGUCAGGAAAAGGAAUACGUGAGGAUGAGAUGGGUGUUUUUGUAAUGAAUUCCUAUUCCACCCCACUGCAAAUCAUUCCAACCUGUAAAAAUAUCAAAGCGUUAACUGUGUAGCUACAAAGAACAGCCUUGAAGCACCUUACGUAUAAACUGACUUAUCUGGGCAUAAACCAUGGUGGUUUAGAGCCCACUUUGCCAGUUGUAAAGCGGGAUAAUCUGUCCAUGCAUAGGUACCGGGGGUGGGGGCAAGGGAAGAGAUUUUUUUUGGUACACAAUGGGGCCAAAAGGCUAUGAAAAAGGGUAGUAGCAGGCUGUGAACUUGUCACUUCUUCAAAAGUAAUUUUAAUAAAAGGGAAACAUUCCCAAAUCAGA